AUGCCUCACAAACACAAGCGACGAGAGCGAGAUGAAUCGCACUUCGAUCUCCCACCUUCUAUGAUCGCAAAGUCACUUCCAGUGCGCAACCCACAAGCCAAACCGAAAGACGGCAAAAAGCCCGGCCAAAAGCACGGCCAAAAGCCCAAUCAAAAGCCCACUCAAAAGCCAGGCGAUCCCAAGCAACCUGUACAGGCAGUUAGCCGUCCCAAGAAUGCCAAAGACAAUGAUACUCCGAAAGCCUUCCAGCGCUUAAUGCAAUACACGACAACGGGAAGACGGGCACCCUCAGGACUGGAAACCGGCGAAAAGAAAGAGAACAAGAAGCGAAAGCGGGAAGCCGCAGACGCCAAGAAUGAUUCGCAGAAUAAGAAACUUGCCAAAGACGUGCCUGAAAAGGCCGAGGCUACCGCUGCGGAAGAGGCUAAGAAGGCCAUGCCGAAGAUUCUACCCGGAGAGAAACUUUCUGAUUUUGCGGCGCGCGUUGAUCGUAUGCUUCCGCUUUCGGAGAUGACGAAGUCCGCUAAGGGUGCUAUCAAGACCAAAGAUCACAAGAUGACGAAGCAUGAGAAGCAUCUUCGCCGGUUGCAGGAGGGGUGGAGGAAGGAUGAUGCGCGCAUUAAGGAGAAGGAGCAGGCGGAGCGGGAAGAGAGGGAAUUCGAGAUGGCGGAUGAGUUGGAGAUGCUUAAGGGGUGGGAACGGGAUAUGCGCGGUGGAAAGGCUAAGAAGAAGAAUCUCAGAAAGGGUGAUGGUGAAGAUGAUGAUCCUGAUCCUUGGGCUAAGCUGAAGAAGAAGGAUAAGGAGCGUCAGGCCAAUCCGUUUGAAACAGCUAAGGCGCCGCCUACUUUGGCGAAGCCGAGGGAGAUCUUCAAGAUUCGUGGUGGUGCUAAGGUGGACGUUGCGAACAUUCCUAAUGCUGUGGGUAGUUUGAGACGACGAGAGGAACUGGCUGGCGAGAGAAGGAAUAUUGUUGAGGAGUACCGACGCUUGAUGGCUGAGAAACGGGGUGCACCUGCAGCUUAA